UUUCCAACCUAAUGCUAUUUGGUUCACUCUUAUCUUGCAUAAGUGAAUUCUAUCUCCUCUGAAAAUGGUUUCAGCUGGGUCAUCCCCAAACUAGUUUCAAAUUUGGCUAACUUUGUUAAUAAAACAGAAGCUUCUGUAUUUUUUUUCCCCCAGAAAAUUGGAAUUCCAAAAGAGGAAGGAAAAGAAAAGAAAAACGAAUCAGAGAAAGACCUAGAAAUCUUUGAGGCAAAAAAAUGUAUGUUACGAGGCCUCUCUCAGUGUACAGAAAGUCUCCAGCUUUGCUCUCAGAGCCUCCUCCAGAGGGUCCAAAUUCUGGAAUUCUUGUUAUCCAAGAUGAGGAAGCCAUGCCCAGAAAGUGUUUUGGAUUGUGUGAAACUGAAAAGCUUAGGGAGCUGCCUAUCCCUCAGAACAAAAGCCUUGAGCUUUACUACGCCCAAGGCAUCUAUUGGAUGAGAAGUCUCCAUUUUAAUAAUGUGUUCUUUGUUCCAGUUCUUGAUCAGCCACUUUCUUCCAAUCUGUACUAUGCAAUUCACCCAUCUGGGAAAGAUAGAGGGGAAGCGUUAACAAGCUCAGAUGAGGACAACUUGGGAGCCUGCUGCUUCUGCAGUUAUGGUCCUGAUGUACCUCCAAGACCUUUGGAUCAUCAUAACAAAUAUCAACAAAUGGAGAUUUGUCUUGAAGGAAGAACUCUCAAUCCCAUGGGUUGUAAAUUUUCUGCCAAGUCAGCAGCUGGGUAUCCUCCACAAUUUUUGGGGAGGAAUUGGUGGAAACUCACCAUUUCGAGCUCUCCUGGAUAUGAUUUAGGUGAAGCAGCAGGUCUAGACGCUGUCCUCCGUGCCCGCCUUCCCAAUUUCGAUUUCCCUUUAGGAGACAAAAAAUCCAAGCCUGUGGUUGUGGGGAAGUGGUAUUGUCCAUUCAUGUUUGUAAAAGAAAGAACACCAAAAACAUUGAAGGAUGAAAUGAACAGGUUGAUGUAUUAUGAGAUGACAUUGGAGCAGAAUUGGGAGCUGAUAUUUGCAAUUGAGAACAAUGGCUGCAGUGAAGGCAAGACCCUAGUUGUGGAUGUUGAUGUACAAAGUGAACUGGUUUUGGUUGGUGGAAGAGAAGCUGUUGUUGAUGAGAGAAAUGUGGGAGAUGGGUUCUUGUGGUUUAGGAGUUUCAGCAAUUUGGGAGAAGAAACAAGUGUGGGAUUGAGUUUAGCAAUUGUGGAGAGAAUGAAGUGGGAGCAAGAGAGGGUUGGAUGGAUUGUGGGGGAUGAGAAGAAAGUGAGAGUGAAAAAGGCAGAGGAACAUAGGGGGUUGGGUGAAUGGAAGAAAUUUGGUUGUUAUGUGUUGACUGAGAGGUUUGUUUUGAAAAGAAUGAAUGGAAAUUUGGUACUUACCCAUGAUUUCAAGCACACUCAUCAGGUUAGGAGCAAAUGGGAAUAAACUUUUUUUUUUUGUUUCUGUGGAAAACCAAAACUGUUCUUUUUGUUUGUCAAGUGUAUAUGCUCUAUGGUAUGAUCUGAAACCUUCUUGUGUUUUUGCUGUUUAGAAUUUAAAAAUCGUGAAUGUGAUCUUUCAUUUACUGUCUGUACUUUAUGAGAAAUUGAAUGAAUGAAUCUUUAUAUUUUAGUUCA